CGACUGGCAAAGCUUUUGGGUGUGACAGACUUUGAACAUCUUCCACCGUUUGAAGACGUAAAAGCUUUGCUUGGUACGGCGACUGCAGGAGAAACCAUAAAAGCAAUUAAAGAAUAUGCAUCUACUCCCGAUGGUUUGGAGCUCAUCAAAGACUACGUGAUGAGCUAUCAACCAGCAAAACGGAUAAGUCUGGGAAAGGAUCCAUAUUCAGAGAAUGAAAUAGACACAGCACCUUUGUCGCCAACAACUUCAUCCUCCGGACAAAGUGAGAGUGGUUUUUUCGCGCACCUACGAAGACUAAGAUCAUUCCUAACCUUCGGAUACUAUGGAGCUAGUGAAACUGCUCAAGAGGAAGCUAAUGUCGGAACGACGGUCCCGACUACUAUCCCUACUACGCAUAGCGAAAGUAGCACAAACAUACCGUUAGAACACUAUAUCAUACCUAUACAUCCAUUACCAUCAAAACCUAAUGAGCCUAUGGAAGCAUCCGCAAUGAUCCCUUAUCCUCCAACCUUUUUUUAUCCUGUAGUUUCUCCUCUCCAAACAACAAACCCCAUAUUCGGGAAUGAGAAUCUCAGUGCAACGGCAGAAGCACACGAUUCAAAUGCUCCAAUCACAGUGACUGAUUUACCAGUCAUUCAAGAUAACCUUAUAGAAAUAAAAGGAAUUAUUCCCAAUUCUGUUAAUCAAGGUAAUCAGGAGGCCACUGAUCAGCUUACGAUCAAAGAUAAGCUAAUAAGAGGGCCUGAAGCAUCACAAGAAGAAAAUAAUAACCAAACGGGUGUAGAAAUUAGCAACUCUAACGUGCAACAAAGCAAUAAUACAGAGCAAGAUGAUAAUGUACCGUCUUUGUAACCUUCGAUGGCGAUGUGAAGAAACUGUUAUAGGCAAUGAUAAAUUUACAAACAUAGGAAAUCAUUCUUUAUGUUAUUCGUCAUUGACAAUGUAUAACGAAUUGACGUAAUUCAACCUCAUUUGACACACUAAUAUCAUGUAGUUAUUUAAUUCGAAAAAGUAACAUAUAAAUACUCCUUAAAAGUUCUUUAAAUAAUAACG